AUGCCUCAAGGAUAUUUGUUAAAUUUAUGCUUAUGUUUACGGGAGCGCACCAAGCUCUGCUUUGGAUAUUUCGAACGAAAAGAUAAACAUGUAGGCUACGGCUUAUUGUUUAUGGAUCUGAAUAAAUCAGAUUUUAUGAAGCCGAUCCACUUCAUUAUUGGCGGCAAGGGUGGCUUUGGUUUAAGCUUUGGUUUUCAUGUGAAAGUGCUUUCGUAUUUUAAAUACUUGCCACGGAAGAACGAGGACAAUCUGACAUUUAUUUUAGCACUGAAGAGGGAAUAA